UCUCAAUGGGACAUUUCCUGGGUAAAUAAAGGUUAAAUUGUUGGGCUGUAAGUCCGGGUGUCUCCUCAGUCUCUAAAAUGUAAGCUUUUGUUUUGAAAUGUCAGGCGGAAGCAGUGUUGUUGUUCUUCCUGUAGAUGGGCUUGGAUGUGCGUGUGUCCCGCGUGAAGUCGUCUCCAGCGCUGCAAUGAUGAUGUUGGAGCCGGGCCGCGUGACGCUACUGGCGGACAUGGUUCUGAGCUGGAAGCGGCCCGCGGGCUCGCUGCAACCGGUCCACUGCCGCUGCUCACGGGCCUUCGUGCGGGACAGGGAGCUGUAUCGUUCAGAGAUGAGAACAUCCUGGCCCGCAGACGCUGAAGGCCCAGUACCUGAUGAGGAGGAGGAGGAGAAGGAGGAGGAUGAGGAGGCCAUAGAUGAGGAGACGCAGCUGAUGGCAUCCAUGGGUCUGCCUCUGACGUUUGCCAGCACGUCUGACUAUAAGAGGACGAAGAGGAACAUCCACAGGAGGCCAGAACCUUUUGAGGAGGAGGAGGAGGAGGAGGAGGAGGAGGAGGAAGAUGAAACAACUGAAACAGAUGGAGGAAAAGAAGAGGAUGGCUGCCAUGGAGCAGAUGGCGAUGAAGAGCAUCAGGGUGAUGGCUGGAAUUCUUACUGGGCUCAGCAUGGAGAAGCUCUGCUGUGGACCGGCUGGUCGGAGAAACAUCCGGAAGGCGCUGAGGGAACGGCCGGUGCUCCGUGGGAUGAUCCAGAAAUGAGGUCCAUGUGGGACGAGCACGCUUCAGAGAUCUACUGCUCGUACUGGGAGAGAUUCUCCUACUGGGCCUCGCAGGGUUGGACUAUGGACGGGAACGGCGGUGGAGGAGAGGCAGCUGCUGAGACGGAAAACCGGCAGGAGGAGGAGCUGAGCACUCUGUUGGAGGGCAGCUGCACCUUCGCGGCAGACCAGGAGGCGAGCAGGGAAGGUGAGGGAGGCGGCCAGCAGCUGGAGGCGGAGCUUGGUGGAUCUGAGCGCCCCAGUGACGGUGGGGGUGAUGAGCAGAGACCAGCUGGCCCUCCACAGCAGCACACAGCUGAACAAACAGUCUGUCAGCAGAACUCUGGCUCCUCUAACGGACAUCAUGACUCCAGAAAGCCGAUUUCGCAAAGAGAUGACGACGAUGAUGAGGACGAAGAUGAUGAAAACCCCAGGCGACAGACCAAAGUGAAGCGCAGCCACGAGCAGGACGAGGAGGAGUUCCCGCAGCUCACCCCCCAGGAAGCCUGGACCGAGCUCGGACUCCGACACGACCCGGGCCUGACGUUCGACAGUGUGUUGAGCUUCAAAGGUCCAGGUUCUCUGCGUCAGAAGAAGCAGAGGAAGACGAAGAGGAGCGUCUGCGGCGUCAACAAGCACAUCAGGUUCCCUGAGGCGGGUGAAGCCAUCACACCAUCACAGAGCAGCAGCGCCGUUCAAAAGGCUCAGAGUUUUCUGGAGAAAGUCCAGAAGGAGGCGCAGAGAAACCAGAUGGACCACACAGAUGAGGGAGGGGCAACAGCGGCCAAACCUCCACCUGUAAACGAAGGCGGGGAGUCCAGAAGCACUGAGAUGAGGGGAGCCAGGAGAGAAAAGGAGGAGGGUGCUGAAAAAGACGGUUCCAGUUCAGGAUCCAGUUCAGAAGAAUCCACAUUAAAGCACGAGCAGCCCAGAUUCCCCAUCAGCCUCAGCACCAAGGCAGCAGAGAGGGACAUGGAGGAAGAGGAGGCGGAGCCUCCCCGACGACAGCUGGGGGAUCUCCAGACACCACACUUUCUGCAGUCAGAUGCUCCUGAAGAUCUCAAAGAGAAGGUGAAGAAACCGAAGAAGAGGAGUAAGCGCAGGAAGUGGCAGCAGAUCCCAGCAGAGGUGGAAGCAGACUCAGAACUGGCCAAGUACUGGGCCCAGCGGUACCGCCUGUUUUCCCGCUUUGAUGAAGGCAUCAGGCUGGACCGAGAGGGCUGGUUCUCUGUGACUCCAGAGAGGAUUGCUGCGCACAUCGCCCUCCGGGUGAAGCACAGCUUCCCCACCUCAGAGCUGGUCAUUGACGCCUUCUGUGGCGUGGGAGGAAACACCAUCCAGUUCGCUCUCACUGGCAAAAGAGUCCUGGCGGUCGAUAUCGACGUGGUGAAGCUGGACUUGGCUCGACACAACGCAGAGGUUUACGGCGUGGCACAGCGGAUCGACUUCCUGCAGGGGGACUUCCUUCAGCUGGCCCCUCGUCUCCGUGGUGACGUGGUCUUUCUGUCUCCACCAUGGGGCGGUCCAAACUACCUUACAGCGGAGGUUUUUGACAUUCGCACCAUGAUGGAGCCUGAUGGAUUUGAAAUUUUCAGCCGGGCCAAGCAGAUCUCAGAUAACAUCGUGUACUUCCUGCCUCGGAACGCCAACAUGGACCAGGUGGUCUCUCUGGCAGGUCCAGGAGGGAUGGUCGAGGUGGAGCAGAACUUCCUGAACAACAAGCUGAAGACUGUCACUGCUUACUUUGGCAACUUAAUUAAAUUAGACAGUGGGGAUCCUAAAUGAAUGAUUCAUUGUCAUCGUUCUCCACUAGAUCAGUAUGGACGGCUGAUCUUUAUUCGUUAUGAUCCCAAAAACACGUUUCUGAUUACUGAAGAGUCGAUGUUGUGUGCACCUUUUUAUAUACUUGUAUUUUUAUACUGUUUUUCUGGACCCAAUAAAUAACUGUAACAUGCUCUUCAA